UGUGAAGAUUGGAAAGCCGUUUGUCAAAAUGCUCAGUACUCGGAAUUAGAUAACUAUUUCUGUUACGGGCCGUCGGUCUUCUACUAUGAGUCCACUCCCAUGGGUUGGGAUGAGUCGAGACAACUGUGUUCACAGAAAUUCAGCGCCAAAUAUGAGGCAGAUUUGGUUGAGCUCUCAAAUGACAAGAAGAAGGCGGCAAUAGAUAUGAUGAAGAGGUUAUAUACAAAGGGAAUUAUCACAGCCGAGAAGAUUGAAUUAGCGACGAGUGGUGUGUGUUGUAUGAGGAAACUGACAGCCGACGCGUUUGGCACCGACUGUCAGUGGUUGGCCACCGGUAAAGACAUAGAGAACACUAAAAUCCAGUCUCCCGACAAAUGUAUUAUAUAUACAGUUAUAUAUGACAGCAAAACAAAUGAUUUUAAAGAAGUACAGGAUGGUGGUUUCGAAAAGGUGGCCGACACACCACAUACCUACCUGUGCGCAUACAAUGCUCCGGAAGAGUGUCUAGCGCCGCCGGUAACAACCAGUACGCCAAGUGAUACAACGACAGUGUCCGGGGGCUCACAUGGGAGCAGUACCAGUAUAUCUCCGGAUCAGACGACAACACUAUCUCCGGCUGAGAUCGACAAAGUAUUGCACGAAUUGGAGGACAAACUAUCGGACCCAGAGAUAAGCAAAAAGGAAAUACUCGACUGUUCCGGAGUAUUGAGCGAUAUUCUGACGGGCGGUCCCCUCGUAACCAACAGCUCAUUGAAUCGGACACUGAAUAUAAUCGACACUUUGCAGCAAAAAGUGCACAAUAAGAUCAAAGACACCGAUUAUUUACGAAAAUUCACUGAAAAUAUUGUGCAGAGUUGCAGUAAUGUACUCGACUGUGACCGGGCCUGGGAUCAGAUCAGUCACAACGACGUUAAAUCAAGUUUUAGUUCAAAUAUAUUACAGUAUAUGCAGAGGAGUACGUUUGCAUUGGGCUGUACGGAGCGGACGGACACUUCGCACAAACCAAUAGAAAGAAACAAUAUUGUCGUUCAGACGUUUACAAUGGACUACAAUAAGACGACCACAUUUCAGGUCCAACACAUGGACUCCUCGAUCACAAUACCGGCCGGAAUACCGGCGCAAAAGCCCGAUGAAAAUUGUAAUGCAGGCACAGCUGUGGGCGCUGUGUUUGAUAAGUUGUCCCGAUAUUUAAAAGUUAAUUUGAGUGAUGAGGUAAAACAUAACGAGUUAUUAAGAUUUGGCGAUAAAGUGAAGUGUGUUUAUUGGGAUUUCGAUGAAAUGAAGUGGUCGUCCACUGGCUGUAGCUUCAAAACGACCGGUUCUGACCGACGGGUGUCUGUCUGUGAAUGCAAUCAUUUGACUAAUUUUGCGGCUCUAAUGGAUGUGAGUGGACGGGAGGGUAACAGUCAAGUGAAAGACAUUUUGACCAAAGUUUGCUGUGGCUUAUCGAUUGUGUGUCUAUUGUUGACCAUUGGUUUCCUAACACUAGUUCGCCAGUUAAGGAAUCUGUUUGGUAUGGAUAACACUCAGUAUAACAUUUUAUGCCAUUCAAUCGCUGGGAUGUUACUCUACUUCAUAUUGGCCUCAUUCGCGUGGAUGUUGAUGGAAGGCUACCACUUGUAUCAGAUGAUUGUCUUAGUAUUCAGUAAUGUCGGACACUUACGACUCAUAUACUUAUAUAUCAUCGGUUAUGGAGCACCGCUUGUCAUCACAAUUAGCGCUCUCUUAGCCAUAGGAUUUGACCAAAUCAUAGAAAAUGAGUCUUAUUUUUGUUGGAUAUCUUCGCCGACCCACCCCUACCGGGUGUGGGCAGUGGCCGGCCCAGCGCUGGUCAUUAUAUUAGCCAACACUUUGAUCAUGUAUUUGGCUCUAAGGGAAGCAUUUUCAGCAAAAGUCAAGAAAAAGAUUAUUCAAGAGAAGGAUAUCUCGAAUACGACAACCAAUUCGCACAUCAAUUCAAUUGCAGAUCAACUUUCAAAGAGUUUCUCAUGGAUUAAAGGCUUUGUAUCACUGGUUGUUGUGUUGGGAAUCACUUGGAUUUCGUUUCUUCUGUAUAUCCAUGAGUUCGGGCAAUGGUUUUCCUAUAUAUUCAUUAUAUUCAAUGGAUUGCAGGGCGUUUUUAUAUUCAUGUUUCAAAUACUACUUAACGAGAAGGCGCGGCAAUUUGUGCGAAAGUCAUACCACAGUAGACACCCGUCGAGAUACCUGUCCUCAGUGUACAGGACUGCCUCAAGUAAUAUGUUCACAAGUAUGCGCUCAAAAUCGUUGAGCAAAACCAUUUCGCUCGAGCCCUCCAACGACUCGUCUAAUGGUAAUGGGGGUCACACACGGGCCACAAAACAGGAGAGCAAUGCAUCCGAAGCCAGUCAUAGGAGUCAAUCCAUUUCCAUCAAAAGAGUCAGAAAUGCGUCCAAUAAUCAAAUAAUUAGCUUUUAA